CAAAGAUGUCCUGUUGCUUUAUAUAUCAGAGACGCUGGCCAGUCGAUGAAAUCUGUGGUGAAAUCUACUUACAUUCCAGUAUCCGGGUCUGGAUUUUGUAUGCUGUUCACCUUGCGCAACAAACGUUUCACAGCAUCUUUCCUCAAGCGCACUGAGGGCUUUUCGCGUACUAUAGUCGACCUUGGAAAGUCGAAGAACGUUUCUUUUGGUUGUUGGGACCUUUGCAGCAUGGUUGAAGGCGGAAUCAAGGCCAGUGCGGUGCUUCAAUUGACGGACGGGAAGGGAAGUUUGGCUCGCCCCCAUCGCCAGUCAAAAGUCACAAAACCGUCGAGGAAGUUCACAAUUUUCAGUAUUGCACCAUCAGUCACAUGAUGACCAGCGACUUCAAUGACAACGAAGACGAUGCUGAGAAUCAGAUCAAUCAACAGUUAUCUCACUUUGAACAUGCUGUUGAAUUCAAAAUUCUUUUAGACCAGCUUUUGGAUGAACAAAGUGGCAAAUACGACAAGUCAUACACGAGGAUACAACAAAUAUUGGACGUUUACCAGGAGCAACCUCAUUUAUUAGAUCCACACCUCGAGUCGUUGAUUGAGCCUGUAGUGAUACGAAUUCGAGCUAAUAUAUCAUCCUCCUCGGCAAUGGAAGCUCAGUCGAAAUGCGCGUGGUUGUUCAAGUAUCUUUACUACUUGACAAAAGCCAGAGGAUACAAGACAAUUGUGAAAUUCAUGACACACGAGGUGUCUGAUCUGGAACCAAUGGUGGAUUUCAUGAAUGCACAGGAAAUAAGGGAUGGCACAUGCUGGGAGACACGCUAUGUUUGUCUGAUAUGGCUUUCGAUUAUUUGCAUGGUCCCAUUCGACCUUCGAAAAAUUGAUAGUGGAUUGGUUGCCUCCGGCCAGCAAUCUCUCAUCAAUCGUUUACUGGAUAUUCAUAAAAGAUAUUUAGGAUGUACCGGCAAAGAACGUGAUGCUUCGAGUAUUCUUGUUGCACGUCUUCUUAGCAGACGUGAUGUAUCCACGGAACAUCUCAUCCCAUAUCUUCAAUGGGCAAAGGAAGAGCUUUCAUCUAUACACGACGUAUUCAAGGUGACUGGGUUACUGUCGUCCUUAUGUGCGAUUUUCCAAUAUGCGGCAAGAGACAUACUCUUACCAUCUCUCGACGAUGUCGCUUUUCCUAUGUUAUCAUUGCCAUUCAUCGAUCACUUCUCCGGAAAUUCCGUUAUACGCAAACUGUAUAUCAAAUUAUCUGAGCGAAUUAGUCUUUGCUACUUACGACCGCGAGUUGCAAAGUGGAGAUAUCAAAGAGGCAAUCGAUCACUAGUCAACAACUUGCAUAGCACCACCUCUUCCACUGAUUACUCUUUGCAAGCUAAUAUUCAUACCCAUACUGGAAACGACGAUGACGAUGACGAUGAUAUACCCGAACAAAUAGAGACAGUGAUUGAGAUUUUGCUUAAUGGAUUAAGGGAUAAGGAUACAAUUGUUAGAUGGUCAGCAGCAAAAGGUGUCGGGCGUAUUUGUCAGCGACUGCCUCAGGAGCUUGCUGACGACGUCGUUGGUUCCCUACUUGAGCUUUUCAGCGAAGACGUUUUGAAAGAUGUGAACGGCGAUCUUGAUAUAUCUGCUACCUCGGAACACACCUGGCACGGUGCCUGUCUGUCGAUUGCAGAACUGUCGCGCCGAGGCUUGCUUUUGCCAGAAAGGCUAAACGACACGGUGGACUGGAUUGCCAUUGCUCUCAAGUUUGAUCUUAAGAGAGGCUCUCAUUCGAUUGGCUCCAACGUCCGAGAUGCGGCUUGUUAUGUUUGUUGGUCAUUUGCAAGAGCUUAUGCCCCCGAGGUCAUUCAAAGCUACGUAGGUCAGGUUGCUCAUAGUCUGGUGUGCGUGUCGGUUUACGAUAGGGAGAUCAAUGUGAGAAGAGCAGCCAGUGCUGCCUUUCAAGAAAAUGUUGGUCGACAGGGCGUAUUUCCAUUCGGCAUCGACAUCAUACAAGCUGCUAAUUACUACAGCCUUGGCAAUCGAAAUCAGGCGUUCCUGGAUAUCAGCGUCGAGAUCGCGCGGUUCGAACCAUAUCGCGAUCCACUUAUUGAACACCUCGUGAAAAUCAGCGUGCGACAUUGGGAUAAACAGAUGCGUUGCCUUGCAUCGCAAACUUUGCAUAAACUAGUUUCAAUUGCACCGAGGCAUUUCAUUGAAGUUGUCUUACCUCAACUGAUUCCCGAUACCACGUCCCUAGACCAGAACAUAUCCCACGGUGCACUUUUGAGCGUUGCUGAAAUUAGUUUGGCGUUGACAGAGUGCAGUGCUCAAGACGCCGCAUUAUCAGAUGUAUGGCAAAGCUCUUCGAUAGAUGUGCGUCAGAGCAUAUCGAAAAUUGUUAGAUUGAUUCCAGAGAAAAAUCUGACCACCUUCGGAUCUGAGCAUAUACGAGAAGCGGCUUGUCACCUUAUUGCUUGCCUUGCAGAGGCAGGAAUUGUCACAACCGACGAUGCAGACACCCAAGCUUGGGACCAGCUCAUCAGCACAUCACUCAAACGUAAAGAAGAAAAUGUACAGAAGAGUGCUGUGAUGGCAUUCGGUGCAGUCGCGCGUUACAAGGGCCUAGAUGAAGGAACGGUGAAGGAGUGCAUAGACCAAACGAUAGCGACACGACACCUCUAUGGACGAAGAGGGUAUGCUCUUGCACUUGGAGCCAUUCCAUUUGACAUACCUCGCAUGAAUAUCCACUUGUCGGCCGUUCUUUCGGCGAUUAUAACAGCUAUGGCCAUGAAGCAAUCACCACAGGAAAAUGACGCGGAGGCUAAACGAAAUGCAGUUCUGGCUUUGCAUGCGAUCAUUCAACAACUGCAUACCCGAAUUAAAGCAGCGAUACCCUAUGACGACUUUCAAAGCGUGGUACAAGGACUUUUGAAAAACCUAGAGGAUUACAGUAUAGACCAACGUGGAGAUGUUGGAUCUUGGAUUCGUGAAGAGUCAAUGAAAGCUCUGAGUCUGGUAGUUCCGCUUGUUACACGGAUGGAUAUGGAAAUCCCAGGCGACCACCGCUACCUGGGAUUGGAUACACAGAUGCAGAUUAUUGCAAAGCUAUUAAAACAAGCUUCAGAAAGGAUCGACCGAACUAGAGCUUGUGCUGGAAAUGCAUUGUCGGUGAUUGUGAGAUCUACGACAGAUGAUGGUCGGCCAUGCCUCCAAAUACCUGGUCAAGAGAUGCUAUUGAACAUCUCCAAUAGCGAUCUGGACUGGACUUCCCCGGCCGAUGUCUAUCCUCAGCUAGUUCCAAUGCUAGCUUUCUCUGAAUAUCGUUUUGAUCUACUGACUGGCCUUAUUACCAGUGCAGGCAGUCGAACAGAAUCUCUGUUGCGCUAUUCGAGCCAGUGUCUGAGUGAAUACAUCAAUCAGCUACCUACAAAGGAAGGGGAUACAACUGUCUGCCUGCAAGAUUUCGUUCGGGAAUUCAAUAGCAUCCUGGAGGCACAUCGAAAUGAUGACCGUGUGUCGAUCGCUCUACUGGAAGUGGUUGGGAGCUUGUUCGAGUCUGGAACGCUGUUGCACCUCAAUGAUGACCAAAUUUAUAAUCGUUUAUUGUUCCUAACAAGAAAGGAAGCUUACAAGAGUCGGGAUGUCAGGAAAUUGGUGGCGGUGAUUAGAGUUCUAGUAGGCUACGCCGGUCUACCACCGUGCAAAGCUAGGACAACCGCGGUUCAGCAAUUACUGACCUACUUGGUUCAUCCAUUUCCGAAAGUAAGUGAUAAGGGGAUGGAAAGGAGAGAUAUUCCAAAACAUAUCUCGACAAAAAAACAAAUGUCUAAAUAAAGAUAUUCUAGGUG